CCCUCGCUCCUUCCUUCCUCACCCGCCGCCGCUCCCUCCCUCCUCCUCCUCCUCCUUCUGCGCCCUAGGAGCCCCGCCGCCGCCCUGCUGCUACUCCUCCACCGGCCCGCCCUGCUGCAUCGCGAGCCCCUCCCUCCUCUUCGCGUUCCGGUGGUCGAUAGUCGGGGUCAACGAGGAGAUGCACGCGGCGGCGGCCAUGGACGACUCCAUGAGCGGGACCACCGCCGUCGCGGCGCCUGCGGCCGGCGGCGCACUCCACGGGGCUCGGGAUGUCCGCGGCGGCGCGGGCUGUGGACUGAGAGGCGGGGCCCUUGAUGCGUUCCGUUCGAGGGGCUGGUCGGGCUGGCGCGGGAUCUGAGCCACCGUUGAUGGAUUUCUUGCAGCUUGGCUCCUGUUAAACAGAGAUGGUUCUAAAAACUCGAGUGUCACUGGAUAUGCUUGGACGCAUUUUCAAUGGUUCUGGUAAACCUAUAGACAAUGGCCCACCAAUUUUACCAGAGGCAUACCUGGAUAUUUCUGGAAGUUCUAUCAAUCCCAGCGAACGGACAUACCCUGAAGAAAUGAUUCAGACUGGCAUAUCUACAAUUGAUGUCAUGAAUUCUAUCGCUCGUGGUCAGAAGAUCCCUCUGUUCUCCGCUGCAGGUCUGCCACACAAUGAAAUUGCUGCUCAGAUUUGCCGUCAGGCUCGGCUAGUAAAGCGUAAAGAGAAGACUGAUAAUAUCUUGGAGGUACUUGUAUUGUGUACAAUCUUGGUCUGGUUUACAUGGCGCAGUGAUGAAGUACUCCCCGCUUGUGCCAAGAGGUCCUGGGUUCGACGCAGCCUCUCUGCAUUGCACUGUGUAGGGAAUGCCGAGGAGGACAAUUUUGCUAUUGUCUUUGCAGCUAUGGGAGUAAACAUGGAAACAACACAAUUUUUCAAGCGUGAUUUCGAGGAGAAUGGUUCAAUGGAGAGAGUUACCUUAUUUCUUAAUCUGGCAAAUGAUCCUACCAUCGAGCGUAUUAUUACUCCAAGAAUUGCUCUCACCACAGCGGAAUACUUGGCAUAUGAGUGUGGGAAGCAUGUUCUUGUCAUCCUGACUGACAUGAGUUCAUAUGCAGAUGCACUUCGUGAAGAAUGCCAUAUCCUGAAAAGGAAGAAGUCCAUGCCCUUCUAAGGCAGGACCCAAAUUUCUGGAAAAUAGGCCCUUAUCUGAAGUGAUGAUUCGAGCAGCAUCAGAUGAUGUGCGCUUCCUUCUCAAUAUACAAGAGAAAAUGAUGGAGAAGUUGAGCAAAGUAUCUUCAUGGCGUCUGGCAGUACAAAGUGAGCUAUACUGUAGGUGUUUUUGCAUAAAUGACAACCAACAUGAAGAUUGGCCGCCUCUUGCAACUGUCCCUGGUCAGUUUGUUUACACCCUUUCCGUUCAAAUCUAGGAAGGUUUCUGUAUGGCCAAAUCUGUUUUACUUUUUGUUCUCCAGAUAUAAAUCAUAAAUUUGUAACCUAAUGAUUGGGGUUUGCUUCAUGGUUCAGCAUUGUAGCCUUGUAGGUGCAGAAUCGUCAUAUAAGAACUAAUAUGAAAUGACAAUGGGUCUAUUUGCUUUUCAGUCUUUAAUUCAUUUUAUGAAGUUUUGAUAUAUUCAACUUAUAGAACAAAAUCAAUUAAACAUUGUUGACAGAUGACAUUGAAGCUGAAGCUUGUGUUCCUGAGGUAGAUAUCCUUUCGCUCUUGGUUGUGCCUCCUGGAAAAAUGGGAUGUAUUAUUGGUAGAAAAGGAUCAUCAAUAAUUAUUGUGAAAGAAUCUUGCAAGUAAUCAUCUUCCCUGGUUUGUUUUCACUCCUAUGUGCAGGUUGAAAUCCAUAUCGGUGGUGCAAAGGGACCUCCAGGUAGGGUAGGUUUUUCAUAGCUGACAUAUUUAUUACUUUGCAGUUGUCGUCCGCGGAAUUUAUCCAGUCCAUGUUUGAAUUGGUUAAUAGAAACAGCUAUAGUUUUGUAGCAAUAUGGCUUGUAGUACCAAAACUGUUCUUCUGUGCCGAUGCUCUUGUUUCCCUUCCUGUCCAGGUUGUUUGACGUCUGUGUCAUUACUCAGCAAGUUUAGAUGUGCUCUCAGCCUCUAAUUGUCCCGCUUGAUUGCUUCUUGCUGCAUGUUCUUGUUUGCGUAUGUUACCCUGCUGAUUUGCUUUCUGCUUGCUGCUUGGGGAAACAUGUGUGUCCCCUGCUUUCGGUGCACCGCAGUACAUGUUUGGGUUAGUGCUUUGGGGGAAAUGUGUGCAGCAAGUAGUAGUUGUACCUGCUCAUUAUGAAUAUACACAAAGAAGGAAGUUUGGUGGGGAGAGGUUUAUGAAGGCCUACUGGAAUUAAUUAUUUCAUAACACCUACCGCUUCAAAAUGUGAUGUGUGUAGUUAAACUGAGUUGACGGGAUUAUCUUUGGAAAAACAUUAGCCUAAUCCAGAUUUUAGUUUAAUAGUUUAAAUGUGAGUAUACACACUUUCCUUGGUCUGUAUUAACAAGAAUACUAUAAAUACGUAUAGAGUACAACUCACAAUAAAGUAGUUGUCGUUUCAGUUUUCACUGCUAAUAGAUACCUCUUCAUGGCUCCUCUUUGCAUUAUUUUUAUACCAGUAGAUUCUCUUAACUGUCCUGGAAUCUUUGGUACAUGACUUGUGGAUAGUUGUUCCCAAUGUGAGACUCAUUCCUGCGGCCUUCUCGGUGAUGUGGUUCCGUGAGUUUGUUUCACUACCAAUAUCUAAUUUCUCAUCUGAUUUUGACACCUUGCUCUUCUGCAGUUUUGUUUCACUUUUCAAGGAUGAGUAUCUUUACUUUGAAAAUGAGCUGGUCAUAUUUCUAUUGGAAAUGAGGUGAUGUUGCUUAAGAUCACGGAAGCUUGGGUUGAUGGAGUGCUUGUAUUUAGUUUUUGUUUUGACCUUGUGAAACUUGCUACCUAUGGAUGAAACUGUGUAAUAUUGAUGAAACUAUGUAUAUGUACGGAUGAAACUUGCUACUAUUGGUAACACGUGUUGG